CAACAAGUCCAUCCCAGCAGCAGCAGCAGAAGGAGGAGGAGGAGGAGGAGGAGGAGGAGGAGGAGAGUCUGCAUGUUAGUUCCUUGUCUCUUCAAAGUGCACCACGCAACCACCGAGAAGGACGCGGAGAGAGGAGAACAUUUGGCGGGUAGAGGAGCGCUCCAAGGCCGGGGAAGGAUCUACCAUAAAACGAAGUUGCAAGACCUCCAUGCGAGCGGCGGAUAACCCGAGCUCCGCUGGCCGGCCGUCGACGACUUCACCCCGGCUUGAGUGCUGCCGCUGACUCGGGCGGAGGCUCCGGAGGCUGCGUGCUUGAUGUACUGGAAAAAUGAAGUUCUGUCCCCUCUGUCAGAGGGCAACACUGUUCCAUGCACCACCAAGCAGGUGAUCUCCGCUGAGCGUCAGAGUUCCGCAGGCUGCAGCGUGCAGGACUCCAAGCAAAUGUCGGACGCCGAGUCCCGGCGGUCCCAGGCGACGGAGCGAGAGGAUGCGCGCUCGUCCCCCAGCACGCCCUCCACGCCGUCGGUGUGCUCGCCCGCCUCCACCGCCAGCUCUGCGCCGUCCGGCGGCAAGAACCUGUGCGCCAGCUGCGGCCUGGAGAUCCUGGAUCGAUACCUGCUCAAGGUGAACAACCUGAUCUGGCACGUGCGCUGCCUGGAGUGUUGCGUGUGCAGGACGUCACUACGUCAGCACAGCAGCUGCUACGUCAAAAACAAAGAGAUCUUCUGCAAAAUGGAUUAUUUCAGUAGGUUUGGUACCAAGUGCGCCCGCUGCGGCCGGCAGAUCUACGCCAGCGACUGGGUACGGCGCGCCCGCGGCAACGCCUACCACCUGGCGUGCUUCGCCUGUUUCUCCUGCAAGCGCCAGCUGUCCACGGGGGAGGAGUUUGGCCUGGUGGAGGAGAAGGUCCUGUGCAGGAUCCACUACGACACCAUGGUGGACAACCUCAAGCGGGCGGCCGAGAGCGGAAAUGGGCUGACACUAGAGGGUGCUGUCCCCACAGAACAAGACAAUCAGCCUAAACCUGCCAAACGAGCGCGAACCUCGUUUACUGCCGAACAACUUCAGGUGAUGCAGGCCCAGUUCUCGCAGGACAACAAUCCAGACGCUCAGACGCUGCAGAAGCUGGCGGACAUGACGGGUCUGAGCAGGCGAGUCAUUCAGGUGUGGUUCCAGAACUGCCGAGCGCGACACAAAAAGCACACGCCUCAGCACGCUGGUGCACCUCAGGGUCAUCCUCAAGGUCACCCUCAGGCCAGGAUGACCUCGUCUCUCACAGACGACCUUCACUACUCACCUUAUGGAGGCAGCAGCGAGAGAGCAAGGAUGGUCGCCCUGCACGGUUACAUCGACAGUCAUCCCUUCUCGGUCCUGACGUCCCAGAGUCUCUCCCAUCAGACCAUGGCGCUGCCACAGCUGCCCCUCAGCCGCUAAAACCUUGGCGCGCGUCCUCCGAGGUCCAGCAGGACAAUAUUCACCUGGGCAGGACGUGGAUCCGUCUAAUUGCUGGACGGGUCAUGAGUGCGUUUAUGAAGGAGAGGCACAAAGUCUCAGAUGAACUAUUAAAAAAAAUGUUUUUUCAUGUGUGACCGGCGGGAAAAAAACAGUAUUGGUACAAAACUGACAUGUGGGGUUUGUGUGUGUGUGUGUGUGUGUGUGUGUGUGUGUGUGUGUGUGUGUGUGUGUGUUGAUCAUGUACAUGGUGUAAAGAAGCGACUCCAACUUGACCUCAAUGUCUUUGUAAUAAUUUAUUGUCCCUGUAAAAAGCACUUUUGUCUGCUUCUUUUAUCAGAUGCUUUUCUUCUUUAAAAAAUACAUAAAAAAAAUAAAUAAAAAUAACUGGCAAUGAAAUGAAAACUAAAACGGAUGUGUGCAUCAUUAAUGUUUUGUGUCAGAAUUGCAAUAAAAAAAUAGAGA